CCUGAAUCAUCUGCCCUUAGGCAUACCGCAUGCGUCAAAAACAACAGAGAGCAAGAGUCGAGCCAUUGAUACGCUACCGCAGAGGGUAGGGCGAUGGCUUGUGGGUCGAUAAAACUGCUCGCGGAGAUCCCUUCCACGGAAGCUGUAUGUGCUGCACUUGCUGUGCGUCUCAGCGUGGCAUCCGAUGGCAAUGCUAAAAGUGAGCAGCUCAUUUGUGAGAUCUACAAUGCCGGCUUCUGUCAUAAAUCGCGUUCGCUUGAAUGUCUCGAACGCCUCGGCUACAUGGAGAAGGUACUGUGGGCGAGGUUGUCUGCAUGCUGUGGGGCAUCAAUUUCGCGUGUACUCGCGCUAUCCACUGUCGCGCUUUUAAACGAGACGGCGCGAUGUGGGCACUUAACGGACGUUCUAAAAAGGCUCACCUCUCGCUUCGAACCGUCGGGGGGAGGGGGGGAGUCGCCGUUUGGCUGCCUUCUAGAAGCUGUUUGUCUUGAAGUGAUGGAUGAGGCCUGCCCACUGAACAUUUUGGACUCUAUUUUGCUUUUCUGCAUCAAUAUCUACUCUCGACUUGAACACACCUCGAUUCGCCGGGCUGCACUCCGAUUAGCGGGCCUGCCACUUUGGGAACGAUUAAGUAUCCCGCGCCGAAAGCAAGAGCUCCAACUGUUCCCUCAGCUUUGCCGGCAUUGGCAACAUUUUCUUGCCAAAAGAGCAAAACGCAAAGCUACUGUGGAUGCUUUGUUUUUCCCGGCACUACUUGAUGCUAUCACACGGCUCGUCGAAAGAAAAAUGGGUAGCGAUACAAAUGAUUUGCCAAUUAGGUGCGUUGCUCGCUUUUUGGAACUCUGCAUUGAUUUGAUGUUGCAACUACCGACGCGGAGAUUCCUGCGUGUAGUCAUAGAGGACUCUCGGAUCCUUGAGCGGGCCACACUGUCGGCAUGGGCAGCUGACCAGCGAAUGGCACCUCUGCUUAAUGCCUUUCGCAGCGCCAUGGGCUUCGCCAUCAUCGACCAGACUGGUCAAUUGAUGACUCAGAGCGAGGACGUGGCCAGGCAUCACAUCCGCCUUCAUCGCUUUCAGUGCGCAUGCUUUGCAGCAAAUCCCAAAGAUAAUUUCAGUCUUGAGAUUGCACACAUUGCGUCAGCGCAGCUUGCAUCUGAGAAAAGCCUCCGAAAACUGCUGGUACAGACACCAUUGACGACCCUCGUCGCAGCCGCAUGUGACAAGCUACAUUUACUUCCAAGGAAUAUCGCGCUUCGCAGACCUGAACUCCUCAUCGAGGCUUUGAUACACGAGCUGAGUGACAACAAUAAUAACUUCAAAGAGGUAAACAACAUAUCUCUCUACCCAAACGAAGUUUCUCUGUUGGGCGAGGUUCCGCACGAAACUGACUUCCCACUCGCUCUGCCAAAGCUUGCUCUCCAGUUCCUAUCUUUCAAAGACUAUUUGUCUCGUUGUUUUACGCUCUACCGUCUAGAAAGCGCGCAUGAGAUACGAGAUGAUGUAUCUCAAGCAGUCCAACGACUCCAGCCACACAUUAACUCUGCCGGUUGCACAUACUUUGCUGGGUGGAGCCGGUUUGCUGUCCCGUGCAAAUGUGAGGUUACGCGCGUCGCCAAAUCGGUCCUCGGUAAGGAGCAUCCUAGUGAAGUUCUAUGCAAUGUCACUCUCGAUCUGGCUAGUUUUGGUGAGGACUGGGAAAUCCACAAACAUGACAUCGUCUUCUUGGUGUGUGUUGAGGGGUUGGCCGUCAAACCCUCGCCGGCUCCGCUGCCAAUAAAUAGGAGCGUUAAGUCCACGAAGGAUUUGCAGAUCUCAGAGACAUACGGCAUCCGAGCCGUCCGUGGUGGAGAGGUAGUAGCAAUCACAGAUUACACUGGUGCUGACAGAACUGGAUUUAGUACUCAGUGCACCGUUACACUUAGAAUGGAUUCAAUUCAGUACUAUAAGGAUUCUCAGGCCUCAAUUACAGCAAUUUAUGGCGCAUCCAAUAUAUUAUUGCGACGCGACGCGCGUGCCAAUAACUCUAGCCGCGUCCUGGAGACUAUCCGCGAGACAAUGAACACCGAGUCACACAAGAACGCAAUCCCUGUGUGGCUGCAUGACGUACUUCUUGGUUACGGUGACGCAAGUGCAGCACAUUAUUCGCAGCGACAUGAUCAAUUAGAUGCCUUCGAUGCUGUCGACACUUUCCACGACCUCAAUCAUAUCGUGUCAUCCUUCCCCGAAAUGGCCGUGGUUGUUGCUGAUGAAAGCGUCCCAGUGACGGCGGCGGGACGAUCACUGUUCCAGCUGCGCCUGGACCGCAUAGCGAAGACAGUAGUUGUGACGCCCUACGCAGUUGCAGCUCGGAAAGUUAACAGCGGAGCGCUUACAAUGCAAAGUGCGCGGAUAUUUGAUGUACUCCGGUGCAAUCCUGUACGCUUUACGCGCUCGCAGGUGGAAGCUAUUCGUGAUGGCAUGAAUCCUGGUCUGACUCUCAUCAUUGGCCCCCCAGGAACGGGAAAGACUGACGUUGCCGUCCAGAUCAUUGCAAACAUUUACCAAAACUUCCCAGCUAACCGGACGCUACUCAUCGCGCAUUCCAAUUCCGCACUAAAUGAUCUAUUUGAAAAAAUUUUGGAGCGCAAUGUCCCAGCUAGACAUCUUGUCCGCCUCGGUGGAGGAGAGCGCGAACUUGAUGUCACCGGCUCAUUCUCACAACUAGGGCGCGUUGACGCGACUUUGGCGCGACGCCUCGAGCUACUAGAGGAGAUUCAGCGGCUCGUAACAAGCUUAAGGGGCGGUUUUGGGCACUCUGGCAGCGAAGUGGAGGUUGCAUUCUGUACCUGCGAAGCCGCUGAGUACCUAGAACAAACUUGUGUUGAUGUUCGCGUCGAUAUGUUUGAGCAGAUAAUUUACAAUCUUGGUAGCAAUCAAACAGUCAUGGCCAUAAUAGACGCCUUUCCAUUUGGUGAUUUUUUUGCGCAAGCCACAAGAUCUGGUGUAAGCGGAGAUGAGAAAAUGGCAUCCACACUGUUCAAUACCUGCCAAACAUCUUGCCAGGCGCUGAAUGUAGCACGUGCGUGCUUUCAACACAUCCGAGAGAUAUUUUCCGAACUCCGCCAAUAUAGAGGCUUCGAGCUUUUACGAACGCAAAAGCAGCGUACAAACUACCUUCUGACAAAUCAGGCUCGUAUUAUUGCAAUGACGUGUACGCACGCGGCACUAAUUCGCAAAGAUCUUGUUGAUCUCGGAUUUAAAUAUGACGCAAUUGUUGUUGAGGAGGCGGCUCAGAUGCUUGAAAUCGAGGCCUUCAUACCGCUUGUCCUGCAGCAUUGUAGUGGUAAUAAGUCGCAGCUUGAACGGGUGGUUUUAAUUGGUGACCACCACCAACUCCCGCCUAUAGUCCGGAAUCGUGCGCUUGCCCGGCACGCGUUGCUCGAACAGUCGCUCUUCUCGCGACUUCUUCGUCUCGGUGUACCAGCCAUACAUCUCGACAAACAGGGUCGAUCUCGACCUGAGAUAGCAAACCUUUUUAACUGGCGCUACGACAGACUCGGUGAUCUGGAUAUAGUCACGAAACAUGCGUACAGCCUUGCAAAUCCGGGCUUUGCAUUCGCUUAUCAGUUUGUUAACGUGGCUGACUUCCAUGGACGUGGGGAAUAUUGCCCGACGCCCCAUUUCUUCCAGAAUUUGGGUGAAGCCGAAUUUGUGGUGGCGGUCUAUAUGUACAUGCGGCUCCUUGGCUAUCCUGCCGGUCGCAUUUCGGUUUUAACUACAUAUAACGGCCAGAAGGAUCUUCUCGCCGAUAUCUUUAAACAGAGGUGUGCAAAGGAUCCAAAAUAUGGGCUCCCACAAAUUAACACUGUUGAUAAGUACCAAGGCUCUCAAAAUGAUUACGUCCUCCUAUCGCUCGUCCGUACAAAGCAUGUUGGUCACCUUCGUGAUGCACGUCGCAUUGUGGUAGCCAUGUCCCGCGCGAGACUAGGCUUAUACGUCUUUGGCCGCAUGUCCACCUUCAAAUCUUGCAACAGUCUUGGCUCGACAAUGACCAGCUUCCUCAGGAGACCAUCGCGUCUUGCGCUUGCAUGCAGUGAAAAUUUUGGCAGCCAGCCUGGCCGCAACGUCCAUGAUCCACCGGAAAAUUCGGUCUUUAUCGAUGGACCCAUAGAGAUGGGCAUCCUCGUCAGUCAACUCGCCAAUCGCCAUUCAAUUUCGUAGUAGUAACUGACCGGGUUUACUUUC